AUGUCAAAUGGAGUUUAUGAUCGUCGCGGUAGCAGCAUUGCAGCUGAUGUAGAUGCUGCCAUUGAGCGCAUUGUUGACCAAUUUGAAAGUGGCGAUUUGGCGCUGCGUCUGGAUGUGCUACGGGCCCUUAGUAGUCAAGCUAAGCUGGCCUUCGAGACCACACGUAUGCGUGAGCAUCUCACCAAACAUCCAGUAUCUACAGAUAUAAUUCAAGGUUCUACAAUGCAGUCGCAGUUGUAUAAUAUGCUGGCCGAAAAUCUGACUGUGGAAAGUUAUAGCUGUAACUACGACGUUCAGCGCAACGUUGUGAUGACCACAGACGUGCGAUGGACGCUUCAACCCCAAAGCCACAUCCGAAAUGUAAAAAAGCGAAAAAAAAUGACGACACUAGAGGCUACAAAGAAGACAGCGAUGUUAACAAUGUAUAGGUUUGAGCGAACUAGAAAGGAGAAGGAAGACGAGGAAGAUGAAUGGGAGACUUCGAUCUCCUUUACAGUCACUGUGGCUUUUGAAGCCAACUGUACAACUCCACGAGAGCUGCUGAACUUUGAAAUGACAUGUGAGCAUGCCUAUCCCAGAAGUUACUACGAGGAUCAACAGCAAUCAUACAAUGAAGGAACGGAUGCUGAUAGGACAGAGGAAAUGCAACACCACCACCAGCAAACGAAAGAGGAGCAGAAUGACAUUAUAACGGGCCAAACAGAAAGGAAUAGAAGAGAUUUUGGCGAGAAUUGUCGCUCCUUUCGUUUCGAUGAUGAGGUACUAGCCGACAUCUGUAAUUGGAUGGGACCCGACGAUGACGAGCUGGACCUUAUGGAAGUCAUUGGCUUCUUCAUGGCGCUUCCUGUGUACGAGGAUGAGUGGGUCAUAGACGAACGCAUAUGUGAAAUCCUUUUUCAAGGCGAAAUGGGAGUAUGCACGGACGAGGAAAGCUGCAGCAGUCGCGACGAUGAGAUAGGCUUAGACGGUGAAUGA